AUGGUAAAACAACUUUGCGACAAGGGAGAAGAAUUGAGGAAGACGCGAUCCGAAAAUGCAGCAAAAAUAGGUGACACAGUUACGCGGCUGACGGACGCUGCUAAUCUUCUCCAUGACACCUGCAAAGAGAAGAAUACACGCAUGGCUGAAGCUAACGAAGUGGUCCAGUGGGGUCACCAAAUGGACGAGGCUUUUGCCCAGGCCACAGCCACCGAACAAGAGUUAACGGUGGAUGACUAUGGCGCUGACGAGACGGCUCUUUCAAAACUCCUCGACAGACAAACGGAAAUCGAAAAUAACAUCAAAGCGGUGCAAGUCGUGCGGGGACAAAAUUUGCUGAAUAAGGCCACGAAAGCGCAGGCGGACGAACAUUUUGCAGGCGCACAGAUGGUCCAAGAAGCCCAAAAACUAAACGACAGUCUAACCAACGUACUGCCCCAACUCGUUGCUGGACGUAAGGAGGCCCUCCAAAUCAUGCUGACUUGGCGCACUGUUGAAAAGGAGAUUCGUGCGGAGAGUAUAUGGCUCAAAGAAAAAAUGGACAGUCCACUGCUUGAUAUGAAGAAAUCCGAGAAGACGGACUAUGCCGACGCUUCUCGUCAUUUAAAAGGCCUGGCCGAACUUGCUGCACAGGUCGUGACAAAGGAUCAAGCUUUCAAAGAACUCAGUGACAAGGUAAAUGGGUUUGUGCAAGAGAAGCAAACCACCAGCAACCAAGCUCGCAGAAAAAUGGUCCAGUUGGCCCUAGGAACUGUAGGCGACUCAGUACUAUCAAUGUCUCAGCUGAACAAUCAAAAGACCGAAUUAGAGGAGAGGAUCGCAAACACCGGAGCGUUACUCCUUACGAAUUACACCACUCUACAGCUCCUCAAUGAAAUCAACGAGGCAGAGGAGUGGAUUCGGGUGCGGAUUUUGCCGCUACGACAGAUUGCUCCGAUGACAGACAGCAAUGGAACAAAAGUUGCCAGUCAGAAGGUCAAGGACAUGCUGGUGGAUGCUGCCUCCUUCAACCGAGACACUAUUGGUCCCCUGAAAGUACGCGUGCAGCUGGUUGUGACUCAACAGUCAAGUGGCGGCCCCUCCAACAAACGUGUUGUUGCAGACACGGAGAAGAGGACAGAUAGUGUUCCAGGUCCAGCUCUACUCCUUUUGAUGCAGAGACAUGCUGACACAAUGGACACCCAGGGCAGGGGAGCCAGGCCGAAGGUGAACAUUCUACAGCGUGAAACGGAAGAACUAACUUCUCGCUACCAGAUGUUACUGCAGUACUUGGAACUGGUUGAGAAAAAGCUGCAACUGCACACUGAAGUGCAUACAUUUAACGCCCAGGCGGAUGAUCUCAAUCGAUGGCUUUCUGAAAUGGAGCAAAGUGUAGUGAGCAAGGAUUACGGUUCUGAUGUAGAUGAGUGCGGAAUGCUCCUCUCCAACUUUGACGAACAAUUUGAGGGAAGCUCCAGUAUCGGCGCCUCUAGACUCUCAGCUCUUGGUCAGAAGUCAAAAGAACUGCUUGAUGAGGCCACAACCCUCAGAGGUAAGCUUAAGUCAGAGGAGCAGAGGUCAGCGUCAGUGUUGACUCAAAUUCCCGAUCAGGAAGAUUGGGUUUCAGUCCCACAAGCCCUACAGGAGAUGCAGGACCACGUGAAGAUGGAUGAGAAGACGGUCAACGAGAGACAGGAAGAACUCAACCGAAAGUGGGUUGACAUACGGACGGGCAUGAAGACGAGAAAAGAGCCGAAGGACAGGCAGACGGAUACUGUAGUAGGUCCAAAACGUGAUGAAUUUUGA